GAUACAGGUUUCGAGAUUGUUUCUCCUUUAUAUUUUCUAUUGGAAUUUAUAAUUUUACUACUAUCGCAAAAUGGUGACUUUUGGUUGUGUCGCUAAACUUUUGCGCAGCUUCGAGUGCUGUGGGAAUUCGUGGGUGAAAGCCGUCAAUCCCGGGUGGUACGAGGCCCGAGAGAUUCCCAAGACCCUUCUGAUCCAGAAGGUGCAACAGGUGGCCCAGGCGACCAGGGCGAUUCGCCAGCGACCCCAAACCGCGGAGCCGCCAAAGAAGACCAGCAAGCCAAGGCGCCAGCCCUAUCUCUAA